AGUACGCAUGCGCAUAGAAAUCUAGGAACAGGAAGAGUGUAUUGAAAACAAAAAUGCUUCAGAGAUUCCUUUGUAGAAAGGAUAACCACAAGUUUGGCUGCUUCGACUUCCAGUCGUAGCCAUGUCGUACUGCACGCCCUCCCCCAGGCUGUGCUCGCGCUCCUUGGCCUACACGCUGGCCCUCGGCCUGGGCUUCGUCACCCUGGGGACCAGUCGUAUCCUGCUGCUCAAAUUCUCUGCAAACGCUGACAGCAAGUAUGACUUCCUCCCUGCGUCGGUCAAUCUGCUCGCUGAGCUGCUCAAACUGCUCUUCUGCCUGCUGAUGUCACUCAGGGUCAUAGUCCGAGAGGGGCGAUCCUGCAGAGAGCUCGGCUGGUCCUCUAGUCGAUCGUUCCUAAAUUCUCUGAAGUGGUCCGUCCCUGCGUUCCUCUACUUCCUCGACAACCUCAUCGUCUUCUAUGUGAUGACCUACCUGCAGCCUGUCAUGGCAGUGUUGUUCUCCAACUUUGUCAUCCUGAUCACAGCUGUUCUCUUCAGAAUCGUUCUCAAGCGGCGUCUGUCCUGGGUUCAGUGGGCGGCCUUAGUCGUCCUCUUCCUGUCCAUUGUUUCCUUGACGACGGGAUCGGGAGGCAGCCAAAAUGCCAUCGGCGUGCCCGGUCUCCACUCUAACCCGCUCUCCACCCCGUCGAACUCCUGCCUGCUCUACACACAGCUGCUGGAGCAGAUGAGGAACAGCAGUGCGAGCGGAUCGUGGGUGUCGUCCCUGCCCGGUCAGGCCUGGAGGGACCGCGUUGUGGGGAAGCUUCGCUCCCUGGGUGUGGGUCACAUCCUGCUCGUCCUCCAGUGCUUCGUCUCCGCCAUGGCCAACAUCUACAACGAGAAGAUCCUGAAAGAAGGAGACCAGCUCACCGAGAGCAUCUUCAUCCAGAACAGUAAACUGUAUGCCUUCGGCGUUGUGUUUAACGCUAUGACCCUCGGGUUCGGCAGUGAAGCACGCGGACUCACUGUCCACUGUGGCCUCCUACACGGACACAACGUCUACUCACUGGGUCUGGUGCUGGUCACCGCGGCCCUGGGUUUAUCUGUGGCCUUCAUCCUGAAAUUCAGAGACAACAUGUUCCACGUCCUGACAGGACAGAUCACCACCGUCCUGGUCACCGCCCUCUCCCUCUUGCUGUUCGACUUCCGGCCCUCGCUGGACUUCUUCCUCCAGGCUCCCAUGGUCCUGCUGGCCAUCUUCAUCUACAACGCCAGCCGGCCAAAAGACCUGGAGUACAGCCUGCAGCAAGAGAAGCUGCGGGUCGUCAACGGAGAGGUUUUCGAGAGGUCCAGAGGGGAUGGCGAGGAGCUGGAGCUGCUGACCAAGACGAACACAGACAGUGAGUCAGACGAGGAGUCUUUGUAGUGCUGAGUUAGCGCUCACAUUCGGGACAGAGGAUUGUCAUGAAGCUGCUCUGUGGACUGACGCUCCUGAACGCAGAGGGCGUGCAGGGGUUUGGUGUCCGAGCGUUGACCGACUGUCAGCAGGGAAACAGUGAAUCCUGUGGAUCAAGUGUGUGAUGAACUCUUGUGAGUAUUAAGGCUGUUGUGUAUAUUUUGAAAUGUGCCUGUCUUUGUAUAAGUGCUUUAAUUAAAGGGGAACGCCUGUACUUUUUAACCUCGGCCCUAUGUUUACAUAUUUUGGGUGUUUUUUUGUUUUUUUUUGAGAGUGAUGUAACAGCUGUUCAAGGUUAAAAUAUCAUCUUCCCUUUGUAACAAAAAGGGAUCGCUGCAGGGAUCCUUUCUGUAACGCUGUCAGACACUUAGAAUAACAAUCUGAGUCAGUCAGUGAAUAUAAAACAGGAACUUUGAGUGGAAAGACUGACCAUUGCUGCCAUUACAGCCUGUUCUGCAGCCGCCAUCUAAGUCAACCGACUGGAGCAGUUCCAGACCCUGAUCCUAAAAGUCGGUUAGACCCCAAACCAUGUUUAAUAGGGCCAUGGUUUAAAAAUACUCCCUAAUUAAGUGGAAGGAACACUGUAUUUGCUGUUUGGGAUCAUGAGGCAGAUUCUUUUAUUGAUUUUAGUUUGCUGAUUCCUGCCGUGUGUGCAGGUAUUUGGCUGCUUGCAGGUGGUUGUACGAGCAGCAUCCUCACGUCGACAGUCGUAUGAUUGUAUAACAAUAUGUGUGCAGUGUAAAUGCAAUAUUCGGUCUAUACUGAAACCAUGAGGGAAACGUUUUAGCAUCACAGAAAAGCACAAACUGAAGCUUCCAGACAUGGCCGUGGUGGCUGUAAAUUAUAUGUUUACACACUCAGAGAGUAGAGGGCUUUCUAUUCUGCAGCUCAAACCGUGAACACGUACAACAACCAAGAGCACAGAGUGAAGUUAGUGCGUCUGCUUUACACAUUCCUGUUUGAUGUUUUCAAACUGUGAAGUUCCCGUAAGUCUUAUUCUAUGAAAAUUCCUGUAUGUGCCAUAAAGUCCGACCUUUGACUGCUUGAGAUUCUGCAAAUAAACUGCAAAUAAAAACUGCUUUUUAAUUUG